CGUAACGUAAGCGUAAGACAUAAGUGCCUCAAAGUUUGAGAAACUGACUCGCGCCUUUAUUCCUGCUGCUGCUGUGUUCCACUGUUUCGUCGUGUUCUUCUCGCUGCUCGGCGGCUUCCUGCGGCCUGCGGACGGCGCGCAAGUUGGACGGAACGACGUGACCGUGUCGUGUCUUUCACUCGGGCUCUUGCACUUCUCCUGAAGGAAGGACCUCGGUCUCUCCUCCAAACCUCACACCGGUAUCUGGUGUCCCCCUCCCGGUGACACGUCCCACGGCGUCUCCGCGCCUCGCGCGUAUCUCGACAGACAGCCGACCGCCGUUUCCCGUGGGCCUCCGAGAUACCGGCGGUCUCUGACGUGGGACCUGCGGGAAAGCGCGACACUCGGGUCUCUCUCCACAGAUCUGCUCCGACGUCACAGCGUCCAUCACCUUCUCCUCACGUUCCUAUGGAUUCUCCUCGUGUUCUCCUCGAGUUCCUGUAGAUUCUCCUCGUGUUCUCCUCACGUUCCUAAGGUCAUGCGGUGAGUCCAGGUGAAGUCCUCUUAAUGAGGUGAGCUCUGCCACGCCACCCCACGUCCCCUCACAGUGUUGACCGCAGGAUCGAGGGAUGUCACAAGGGUUUCUCCUCUUAGUCCUGCUUGCAGUCUCUGCCAGCACCCAGGCCUGCUCCGGCAAAAUCGUGAAGGUUUUGAUGGAACGAUGGAUGAGUUACAAGAACGAGUGCAUGCACACUAUCAGCACUGAUCCGCCAGCCACGGCUGUCGUGUGUAACCGGACAUUCGAUCAAUAUGCCUGUUGGCCCGAUGGAGUACCUGGCACCAUUGUCAACGUGUCCUGCCCCUGGUACCUGCCCUGGUACUACGAAGUCCAGCACGGCCUUGUGUUCAGUGUCUGUGAUAAGAACGGAAAGUGGACUUCCAGGAACACAAGUGAAUGUGACCAGGAAGACUCUGCCCAGCAGCAGUAUGGGCAGAUGCUUGCCAAACUCCAGGUCAUGUACACUGUUGGCUACUCCCUGUCCCUGGGGGCACUCACCCUGGCGCUGACCAUCCUGGUAGCCUUCAGAAAGCUUCACUGCAUGCGCAACAACAUCCACAUGAACCUGUUUGCCUCCUUCAUCCUACGAGCGUUGUCCAUCCUUGUCAAGGAUGCCCUGUUGAACACCUCGCAGCUUAACUUCUCUGAGAACGCCACGCUGGACUACCAGGUGGAGAACUUGGUCAAUGACAAGAUGGUGACGGGUUGUCGCAUCGCUGUGGUCAUGAUGCAGUACAGUGUGAUGGCCAACAACUACUGGCUGCUGGUGGAAGGCAUCUACCUGCACAACCUGCUGGUGGUCACGGUCUUCACUGAGAGGAACUACUUCAAGAUCUACCUCUGCAUUGGCUGGGGUGCACCGCUCAUGUUCCUGUUGCCAUGGAUUGUGGUGAAGUACCUGUACGAAAAUGAGGAGUGCUGGCAAACGAACAUCAGCAUGGGCUACUGGUGGAUCAUCCGCUCUCCCAUAUUGUUUGCGGUCCUGGUCAACUUCUUCAUCUUUAUUCGGAUCAUCAAGAUUCUCAUGACCAAACUGAAGGCUCACCAGAUGAGAUACACAGACUACAAGUUUCGACUUGCCAAAUCCACACUUACCCUGAUUCCUCUGUUGGGGAUUCAUGCGAUCCUGUUCAUAUUCGUGUUGGAUGACAACACUGCACCAACGGACACUCUGCGCCUUGCCAAACUCUUCUACAGCCUCUUCUUCAACUCCUUUCAGGGUUUGCUGGUGGCUAUCUUAUACUGUUUUGUCAACAAAGAGGUACAGUCAGAAAUGUUGAAAAAGUGGAAGCGCUGGAAGUUAGGCAAGGACAUAGAAGAGGAGUACCGCCACACCCACAGCCAGACUCCUCAUGGCAAGACGGGCAGCCUCGUCGCCAACCCUCCAGAACUUCUGGAGGGGACCAAGAACACAGGAGGGGACCAAGAGAAUGGAACAGGCAAGAUAAAUGUCAACCUGCAGCUUGCUAACCCACCACAGGAUAGCGCCAACAACUGCAGCGCACUCAUGGAGAGCGUCUAUCUAGAGAGGAAAGCACUAUGUUGUGAGGAUGCUGAAAGUAGCUUCUGAGAAGAGGUUGUUAAACCCCUCUCCCCAGGAUGACAAAGCUUACCCAUGCCCGCUUAUUGGCUGCGUAGCCCUGUCUGGUGCUGGCCCUGGGUUCAACGUCUGAGCUGGCACAAGAUGGACACCGUUCGCUGAAGGCAUCUGUGAGGGAGCUACACUUCUGAUGACCGAAACAGGAACACAGAUGACCGUCCAAAUGUGUCUGUGCUCUUGUGUGGUGGAAUGCACAAGGGAAAUCGUAUGUGUUGCCUGUGGCCGUGUGAUGCCUUUUAGCACAUGUCGUUGAUCAUCAUCAUUGCACCCAUGCCUUCCACAAGAAGAGCUCACAGAGGAGAAGCCUCUUCGUCUUGUCAUGAGGAAGGAAGACACUUCUCGAUGACCUGAAGGACAUGUAGCACUUCACGAGUGUCCAAUGAAGCGGCGCGAGAAGGAGUAGUUUCAGUCCUUUCAGCGACGGGUCUGCAGAAGCUCAGAUGAUCCUCUGGUGUUGCUUCAUCUCUUGUUAUGCAACAGGCAUCAUUGAGUAUUGAGGUCUUCAACCUGCAGCCCACUGACAAAAACUUGGCUAUUUGCAUCUACAGUAGACUGCCAAAGUGGCAUAAUGAAUAAACAAACACAUAAGAACCAAACCAAACAGGAAAUAUGGAGGGUCACUGCUCUAACCUGUGGUGAGGAUUAUGUGUCAACCACACUGUGUCUGUUUGGGAAGAAAGAACAAGAGAAAAUGCAACUCACGCAGCAUACACACUCACACACACACACCACUCAGGCUGCUCCUAGACACUCUUGUGUGGGCGUACAUGUCACAUUUACGCAGCAAAAACAUUUUGUGCACACUCAAGUGUUACAUGCAAAGGCAAGCAUUACCUCUCAGCAUACAUGAAUGUGCAGACGUUCUACUGUUCUGCUCCUGCGUAUUCCAAAGCCGAGCUCAGCAAUGCUUUGACAGUCGAAUUUGUCCUGGACCUUAAGGUAAAGAAACUAAUGGUGGACCUGAGAUGACCCUGAUGUGAAAGUGAUAGUAAUGACAGGGCAUGCCAGGUGUGCUGACUGCAGUCAUUACUUGUCCUGCUCAUUUGGGUCUCUUCUCAGAUGAAAAUGAGAUGUUGGAGAGAUUAUGGAUGUCAACAAUCAAAAGUUGGAAAACCCUGCUCUGGUUUUCACUGACUUCUUCGGCAUCAUCAUAAUCAACACAAGGAGAAUUGUGUUCUUAUUGUCCCAAAAUGAGUUCAUCUGAUGAAUGUCAGACCAGAUGGUACUGUGGUUCUCAUAGGGGUUGCUAAAGAGCAGGAGUGUGAUGUUCAACUGUAGGAAAAGGAGAAACGUAAGCAUCAGAAUGCCUGAGGGCACCUAAUUGCUGAACACUUACUUAUGUCUUUCCUGGAUGUUAGUUGAACGACAACAAACCUUUGGCAGAAGGUGGACCUUGUGGAAGUGUAUCUGCAGCUGAAUAUUCUUCUGGAUCUGGAACCUUGUAGAGAAGUUGGUUGUGGUCAUUACCCUUCGCGUAAAGGCGUUUUUGCCACUGUGAGCAAACUGAUCUCUCUGCUCUUUGCCGCACCACAUGGAGGUCUUCUACCAGGAGGGUCUUAGUGCAUUAUUGAAGAUCCCACCAAAGUGACUUAAAUACUAUACAGACUGGAGUGACUGUGUGACUGAACAGUUCAAGUGAGCCUUACUGUCAGCUGCUUCUAUGGGAAGAGUGAAAAUUUGCUAUCAUUUUGGUCAUGUUGCAUGUGCUGGAAUUAGUGAAGUGUUCUAAAAGUGAAAAAUGAAAAACCUCUCAAUGUGUUUUCGUAAGGAUCCAUCUUGGCCAUGUUAUCAAGCCAACGGGAUACACUGGCUCCUCGUGUUAUCAACAGUAGAGUUAUGAAUUUUCAGAGGCACAAAUGUAUGUAUGUAUUUAUUUAUUUAUUUGUGUAUUUAUUUUUUAAAACAUAUCCUUCACUUAUCUCUUUUCACAAACGUGACCUAUGUGUACCCGUCAAGAUGAGUGAUGGCAGUGAAGAGGACCCACACAGAACAUGAGUGUGCAGCUGCCUUAAUUCAGCUCACUUCCACGGGGGUUUACAGCGUGUGUCUAAUGUUUGUGAGACUUGAUCAGUAACAAAGGUGGUACAUGUUGACCAUAUUUAUGUGAUGAAUCCAUCAACAACCAGUAUUUAAUAGGUUUUGCUUUAAACCAGUUUGCUUGAAGUUAACAAAGUUAAGAAUUUAAAAAUGUAUACAGAUAUUUCAGGGCCAUAGGGGUGCGGUGGUGUGGUGGCAC